AUGAGUGAGUGCGGCGUGACUGGAGGUUUGUCUUCUGAUCCCAAGGACUGCACCAAAUUCUACGAAUGUUCUAAUGGAAAAGCUAUCCGUAUGUCCUGUCCUGGAGGCUCACACUUUACUCCUUCUUUGUUGGACGAGGUCCUGAGGUUCUCCUCAGGACCUCGUCUGGUCCUGACUGUGCCCACAAGCCCGUCCCCUGAAGCUCAGUACCCCGGCCCCCACGGCUGCACCAAGUACUUCCACUGUGUUCCUUACCUCAAGUCAUGCCAUCCUGGUAAAGAUACUGGAGUGUCAUGUAACGAUGUGACUGGCCUCAGUACGCCCUGCACGCAGUGA